AUGGAUUUAGUGGACUCCGAAAGCACCUCGGAGAUCGAGGAUCAGAAAGCCUGGGGUCCUGAUUCUGGAAUGACUCAGGUUGAUGCCAGCCAUCCCAGUGACUGCGGCAUCGGCCACCGCGUACUUGCCAGCCGCUCCGUUCUCGCUCUGGCCGUCGAUGAACACUGCGUGUUUGCUGGGCUGCAAGGAGGAGACAUUGUUGCGUGGUCGCUGGAAACUUAUGAUCUUGUGGCUUCCGUCCACGCCCAUAAAGAGAGUGUGCUAGGCCUUUAUCUCUCCGAAGAUGGGGAUUUACUAUUUUCAAGCGGCGGCGACUCUGUAGUCAACGUGUGGUGCGCACGGACAUUUGAACGUCUCUACUCGAUCUAUUCGCACCACGAUGUGGGCGAUAUCUUCACAGUAGUAUAUUCAUCCGAUAAUCAGACGAUUUACUGCGGUGCGCAGAACACAAGUAUCCAGUGGUGUGAUCUUUCCGAGGAGGGGUCAACCUUGAACCAAGCCCCCUCAUCAGCCCACCCGUUGAAGAGGACGCAUCGUUUCUUUGAUUCUCGGGGACCGGAUGGCACUCGCGCUCCCGGUUCAUCGGAUGGUGGCGUCUCUUCCGGUGGUCGCGUGCUGAGUUUUAAGCGGGAUCACCAUAAGCUCUUUGCGCACCAUGGCUAUGUCUAUUCCAUGCUCCUAGUCAAGGGUCUGAUUGAGUCUGCUCCUUCCGAGGAGGCCCUUUUGACUGGUGCAGGUGAUGGUGUGGUGAAACUGUGGCGGCUGGGUCAACAGCCUGGAGCGGCCCCCUCUCAGAUUGCCAAGCUGCAGAACGCAGACCCUGUCUUGACUGUUGCUGUUGAAGGGUCUUUGCUUUACUGCGGCUUGGCCGGUGGCGCCUUGAAUAUCUGGAAUCUGGAUUCCCAGCAGCUAGUCAAGCGGGUCAUUAGACAUACUGGGGAUUUGUGGGCUGUGCACGUAAUCCAGGGUAUCGCUAUUUGUGGUGACUCGACUGGAAUAGUCAAGAAAUUCAACUCCAGAUUCGAAGAAGUUGGUGGCUGGGUGGCUCAUGAGGGUACCAUGCUCGCCUCGGCAGCCGGCCGGUUCAAGGAUCGUCAAAUCUAUGCCACUGGUGGAAACGAUAACUCAGUAGGAAUCUGGGAUCUGACUGAAUUCUUCAUGACCCAAGAGGAACUGCCUCCAAUCAGCAAUGACGAAAUGGUUAACAGCCUUGCCAAAUUUGUCUCGUUUAAGACAAUCUCAGCAAGCCCCAAAUUCGCUGGCGAAUGUAAUCAGGGAGCUGCUUUCCUUCGUCGGCACUGUAAAUACCUUGGGGCCAAGACGAAGCUAUUGACCACCGGGCAAGAUACCAAUCCUAUCGUCUUUGCCAGAUUCAACGCGACCUCACCUGAAAAAGUGGACAAGACCAUUCUCUUCUACGGCCACUAUGAUGUCGUCGGUGCCGAGAUGACCCGACCCAAGUGGAGGACAGAUCCUUAUCAGCUUACCUCGAUCAAUGGAUUCCUGUACGGUCGUGGUGUGUCUGAUAACAAGGGGCCUAUUCUGGCAUCACUGUAUGCUGCAGCUGAUCUUGCUCGAACAAAGACUCUGCGAUGCAACGUUGUCUUCCUCAUUGAGGGCGAGGAAGAGUCUGGAUCUCAAGGUUUCCAUCAAACUGUGCGCGAGCACAAGGCCCAGAUCGGACCCGUCGAUUGGGUCUUGUUAGCCAACAGUUACUGGCUUGACGACUACCACCCAUGCUUGACUUACGGACUGCGCGGUGUCGUCCACGCCAACUUGGUCGUUACAAGUGACUAUCCUGAUCUCCACAGUGGUAUUGAUGGAAGUACAUUACUAGACGAACCUGUGAAGGAUAUCGCGAUGCUUCUGUCCACAAUUGUGGGACGCAAAGGCAAAAUCAACCUGCCUGGAUUCCACGAUGCUGUUAGCCCUCUCACAGAUGCCGAGCAAAAGCGAUUCGAGGCUAUCGCCGAUGUGUUGCUUCUGCAGCAUCCCGAAAUCCCCGAUAGUCAGGCCCUGAUCAAAUCGCUCAUGCAUCGCUGGCGUGAACCCGCCCUGACUGUCCACUCAGUCGAAGUCCCCGGAACCAAGAGCGCCACGACGAUCGCACGACGAGCCAAAGCAAGCCUGUCAAUCCGUAUUGUACCUGAUCAACAGGCCGAUGAGGUCGCUGCUGAUCUCACCGCCUACGCACAGGAGCAGUUUGCGCUUUUGGACUCGCAAAAUGACCUGACAGUCGAAAUCACCGGCAAAUCAGACGCCUGGCUCGGAGAUCCAGAUAACGAAAUCUUCGCCACGCUGUCAGAGGCAAUCACGGCAGCAUGGACCCCGGUCCAAGGGGAGCCGAAACACCAAUAUCCGCCCAUCCCGCAACCUACAAACGGCCGCCCAGCGGUCAAGCCUAAGCUCAAUGGGGGCCCCAUUCCUGACCUGCGCCGUAAAGACUCCUCAGACAGCCUCGCCUCGCACGUUGAGCGGGUGAUCACAUCCACUACUACUUCCUCGGCAGGCAAACAAGCCGCCCGCGAACGGUCAACGCAGCCAGCCGCCACAGUGCCAACUUCUUCCACUCUCACGCAAAUACCAACAUCGUCCGAGGAACCGGUCGUGUUGCCAAUCCGGGCCAAGUCAGAUCCUGCGAGAGCACUCGACACGACACCUGAGCUGGCUGUCGCAUCCGAGAGUGUCAAGGUGAAACCAAUGUUCAUCCGUGAGGGUGGAUCUAUUCCGACCAUUAGGUUCCUAGAAAAGGAGUUCUCGGCCCCCGCUGCUAAUUUGCCUUGCGGACAGGCAAGCGACAACGCCCACUUGGACAACGAGCGAAUGAGGGUGGAAAAUUUGUAUAAGAGCCGGGAGAUCUUCCGGUAUGUGUUUGCUCAUUUGGUAGACAAGUCCUAA